CGCGGGCCGGACCGUGCCCGAGGGGAGCGCCAACGCGGGACGGGCGGAGCGCCAUGGCGCAGCGGCAGCCCGGGGAGGAGGAGCACGGGGCCGCCGGCACGGAGCUCGCGGCGAGCGGCGGCCCGGUGCAGAUCUGCGUGGCCGCGGAGGAGGAGGACGAGGAGGAGGAAGGCGCGCAGUGCCCGGCGGCGCGGGGAGGCGGCAGCUGCAGCGAGGAGGACUCGGGGCGGUGCGGGCGCUCCAGUGGUGGGGAAAAUGAUGAUGACUCAGACCAGAACUGGAAACCACCAGAAAAUGACCUGAUCCAGAAGUUGAUAGCACAAAUUGAAUAUUAUUUCUCAGAUGAGAACCUUGAGAAAGAUGCCUUCCUUCUGAAGCAUGUGAGAAGAAAUAAGAUGGGCUACGUCAGUGUUAAACUCCUCACUUCUUUUAAGAAAGUGAAACACCUUACCCGUGACUGGAGAACCACAGCCCAUGCACUGAAGUACUCAGACAUGCUUGAGCUCAACGAUGAUAACAGAAAGGUUAGAAGAAAUACACCAGUUCCAGUGUUUCCAAGUGAAAACCUCCCUACCAGGAUGUUACUCGUGUAUGAUAUCCACAUGAUUUCUGAACUGCAGGGUCUUAAUAAACAAGAAAAUGGAUGUAUACAAGAAAAAGUAAUGGAGUAUCUCCUCAAAGCUUUUGUAACUUUUGGUGUAAUUUCAUCAGUUCGUAUUCUCAAGCCUGGUAGGGAUCUGCCACCUGAUAUCAGGAGGUUCAGCAGUCGGUAUACACAAAUGGGAACACAAGAAUGUGCAAUUAUAGAGUUUGAAGAAGUAGAUGCUGCUGUACAGGCUCAUGAAUUCAUGUGUGCUGAAAAGAAAGAGAUGGGCAUGAAAGUUGUCCUAAUUGGCAUGAAACCUCCAAAGAAAAAGGUUCCUAAAGACAAGAACCGUGAUGAAGAUAGCAAGAGUCUUAAAAAGGUUAGAUCCCUUAAUAAGAGAGUCGAGGAACUUCAGUUUACUGGUGAUGAAUCAUCAGCAAAUAGCUCUUCUGAGCCAGAGAGUAAUCCUACAUCACCUCUGUCAGGACGCAGAAGUACUGCAACAAGUACUACAAAUAAGUUGAGUCCCAUCAUUCACCCAAACAACCAUCUGAGCCCUAACGUAUCACCCAGGUCAAGUCCUUGGAACAGUCCGUCCUCUCUAAGAAAAGUGACCAAAAAGUCUCCACUGGCUGAAGAUGGCAAACUUAACCCAAGUACUAGUCCUGAAAUUCCAAGAAAAUGUACAGAUUAUUCUUCAGAUAGCAGUAUUACACCUUCUGGUAGUCCCUGGGUACAGAGAAGAAAAGCUCAAACUAUAACACAAGAGAAGAGUCCGGUCAGCAGCCCCAUGUUAGUUCGGAAAAUACAAAAUGCAGAUGGUCUACCUGUAGGGGUGCUGCGGCUGCCUAGAGGUCCUGAUGGCACUAAAGGAUUCCACAGCGGCUGUGAAAGAAGGAAAGCUAUGAAGAAUGAAUAUCUCCAGCUUUAAAAAAUAACUUCACAAGUCAGUCAAGUUCUUUUGUUCAAGCCUGGUGAAAGACUGUCACUUAAGUGACUGAGUUGAGUCAGUAUUUAAUUUUUAAACAUUUUAUAUUCAUAUGGCGACUUUACCAUUUGUAUGUUUGUAUUUUCACUUCGUCGAAUCACAGAAUAGUUAAGAUUGGAAGGCACUGCUGGAGAUGGUCCAGCGCACCUCUUCUGUUCAAACAGGGUCAGCUGCACCAGGUCACUGAGCACCGUGGUUGGGUUCUGAGCAUCUGCAAGCUCUCUGGGUAACCCAUUCCAGUGUUCAAACACCCAGACAAUGAAAUAGAAAUUGUUUCCUUAUGUUCAUAAAGAAUUUCCUGCGUUCAGUUUGUGCCCCUUUUCUUUUUACUAGAUAAUACUGGGGAGAGCCUGGCUACAUCUUCAUUCCUUCCCCUUGGAUGCUUAAAUGCAUUGAUGAGAUCUGCUUGAGCCUUUUCCAGUCUAAACAGCUUCAUCUCUUUCAUCCUCUCAUGUGAGAGAUGCUCCAGUACUUUAACCAUUUACGCACUUGCCUUCUGCAGUACUCUUCUCUGCAUUGGUUCUGCGUUCAUUUGAAAUGCCUGAAUACUGAAGCAGGCAAGUAAGAUCAUUAACACAACUACGUUAUUUGCAAACCUGAAAAGCAGUGUCAAUGUUUACUGUUUAGCAGUUGUAUUACAAUAAGCUUGGUAUGAAUUCCUCCUAAAUCCUAGCAAACAUAAGUUUUGAAGACUUUCUGGGUUUGUCUCUAACUCUGAGAAAUGUGCUACAGUCAGCAGUUGCUCUCUGCACGUCUCCCAAGUCACUUGUUUAAUAGGACCAAAGUGCUUGUUUUCUUGUGAUGUGAAGACUGAGCAUUGAAGACUGUUUUAUAAGUUUUAUCUCAUGUAAUCAGAUGGAAAUAAACUAAAUAUUAACUCA